AUGGACGAUCAACGACCAAAGAAUCUGAUUGCUUCAAUGGUCUCAUCAUUGAACGCGCAAGCCAAUGAUGAACAAACAUCAUCUGGUCUAACACAUUCCGAAAUUUUCGACGAAAUUAUGAUGAUGAUUCUAGCUGGGUAUGAAACGACAUCAACCGCUCUAGCCUGGUUCAUUUUCUUCGCCAGUAAAAAUCCUCAAGUACAGAAAAAGAUGAAAGAUGAAUUACUUGAACAUCAUCUUCUGAUGACUGAUGAUCACAAAUGCGUGCCACCGCUAACAUCAGACGAUUUGACUUCACUAACCUAUUGCGAAUGUGUGACGAAAGAGGUCUUACGUUUAGCUCCUGUGGCCGCGCUCACGACUCGGAUAGCUACUCGUGACACCGUCGUUGACCAUACGAAGAUUCAUCGUGGUCAAACUGUUUUUAUUCCUUUACAUAACAUCAACACUGAUGCUCGCUAUUGGAAUCAUGGUGAUCCAAAACAAUUUAUACCGGAAAGGUUUCUAGCUGAAGAUAAAGAUCACCAUCCACUGGCGAUGAUUCCAUUUGGCGGUGGGCAUCGAGCAUGUAUUGGACAAGAAUUAGCGUGGCUCGAGUUGAAAACAAUCAUCGUUCGAUUGAUGCAACGUAGGAUCACAUUCGAAGAUACAUCGGAAAAUACUGGUGGUCAUGACCAACGCAUUACUUGUUUUCCAAAAAACAUGGCUGUACGUGUGCGCUUCGAUUGA